AUGGCUUGGCCCUGCAUCAGCCGAGUGUGCUGCCUGGCGCGCUUCUGGAACCAGCUGGACAAGUCGGAUCUGGCCGUGCCGCUCACCAUCCACAAUUACUCCGACAUCGAAGAAGGGGCGGAAGCGGGCGGUGGGGGCAGCCCACAGCAGCCCCGGAUCCCGCCCGGAGGCACCGCCAGCAGCCGGCCCCAAGCCCCUCCGCGGGCAGCCUCUGCCCUGCCGGUCUCCGCGUCCGCCCCCUCGUUGCGGGACAGCCUGGUGGUUGUCAAGAGGCCGUCGAAAAAAAGCAGGGGCAGGCACCGGAAGGAGCCCUUCGCCGCAGAGACUCAGUACCAGCAGGAUUUCCGAGCGUGGCCGCUGCAGAAGAGAGACACCCUGCCCUGGCUUGGGGUGUGCCGGAAAGCUGAACCCACGCGGGCGCCCCCGGCCGCGGGCGCCCCUGCCGCCUCUCCCCACGCUGACAUCCUGGCAGGGUCUCGCGUGUACGUGCUGCCGGCGGCAAGGCAGGAGGUGAGCAAGAAGGACGUUGGCUCCAGACAGGUGUGGCCUUCCUCCUCGCCUCCGGGUAUCGCCAGGACUUCUUACAGAUAUGAAUAUCACCCAUGGUCUGCGGAAAAACGAUCCAGGCCUACAAAGACAACGCAAGGGUUCAUUAUUCCAGAAGAUCACUUUGUGCAAGAAUCUAGCUACAAGUCAGACUUUAAGAUUCCUGAAGCAAAGACGAAGUUUUCUUCAAAUCCUUCUGCUGUUUUCCAGGCACCAUCUCGCAUUCUCAGUAUAUGAAUCUGGAUCAUGACCAUUUUCUGUUCAAUCAGCUUAAGGGCUUGAUUUCCGGAUCCCUAACCAUCUUUGAAGCCUUCUUCAGAUCUCACUCCAAUUUGUCCUUCUCCUUUGUGCUGCCCAGAACUGGAUGCAGUGCUCCAGGUGGGUCCUGACCAGGGAAGAGUAGAGGAAGCAACAAUUGCUUCCAAUCAAAUGUUGGCUUUCUUGUGGUUCUGGAAGAAAAGGAAAAACUAGAGGCUUGAUACUAUUAGACCAAUUAUAUACUUUCUUCAGAAACUUUUAAUAUCGUAUUUUGCUUCAAGAAGAUUGCAUGUCAAUUUUUUUUGGGUGAAGGUGUUCCCUUUACUUAUGGCUUUCUUAUAUCUUUGGUUAAUUUUUUCCCCCAAGACUGUUUUCCCGAAUCCUGUUGUUGGUCAUGUGAGCCAAGGUACAAACUCUUUUAUGGCUGUAUGACCAACGUGUAGCCCAUCUGUCACAUUCACAUCAACACAUUCCCAAAUGAAAGUCUAAUCUUUACUGUGAAGUUUAAAAAGUAGGUAUGACUAAGAGGUAUUACAACCAAAAUAUUACUAUUUCUUUUCUAAGCAAGAAAGCCCCCUAAAUCAUGCUAUGAAAUUAAAGCUGGAUGUUUUAAAAGUGAGGUUGCUUUAUUUUCUUAUGCUCUGCCCAUUAUACAGAGCAGAUUAUUUAUAUCAAUAUAUGCCAAAUAAGAAACACAGCUAAAAAUCCAACACACAGCCAAGAGGAUCACAGCCUCAUCAAUAUUCCAUGACUUAUAUAUUUAGAAUUAACUGAUCUUUAACAAGCAUACUUUUUCCUGGAAGUGUUUUUUUCAAUUUUGAUAAUGUUUUCCUGAAGGCUGAUAAUUCAAUUAUUAAAUUCUGGGGAAAAAACUCCUCAAAGACAGUACAGAGGCAAUUCACAUUUUGGGACCUAGUAGCUAUUCUAGGUUAAGUAUUGGGCAUUGCACUAGGCCACACAUUAAAGCAAUGGCCAAGGUAAUUUAUUUAAUGUGUAUGUAAAUAUUGUAAAUAGGAAAAAUAUAAUUUUCCAAAAGAAAAAAGAGUGCAUGCUUAAUUUGAUUUUAUUUAACAUUUGUGGUUUUUGAGUAUGCAAACUAGAACAUGAUUUGUCUUGAAAAAGCAAAAUCACUGCUUAUUGCUAUGGAAUUAUGUGUUAUAUAUGUUAUAAUUUAAUUUUCAAAGAGAAAUUUUACUUUUUCAUUAUUUUUAAAGAGCAUUUUGUACAGUAUUAUAAUUUUUGCUUAGACAUUUUAAAUACACUAGUUUUUAAUUCUCGUUCAUUCCUAAUAUUGCAUAUAAUUAAGACAGGGUUUAACAUAAGCACCCCACCUUAAUGCAUUGUUUCAUUUACUUUUGCAGAAGUUACAAUAAUAGUUUAUUGUUCUGAUUCCAGUAUAGUUUUGUAAGUUUUUGAUGGGCAUGUGACAUUUCUGAUUCAGGUUGGGCUUCUCAUCUAGCCCAGUGAUGUCCCAUUUUUGGAUAUGCAAUACACAAGACCCUUGCGAAUUUUUUACUGAAAAAUUCAUAUUUAACAUUCCAUAAUUUAAAAUGUGGCAAAUAACAUGCGGCCAAUUUUUCAUAUAUAAACAGAAGUGUAAGUACUGUAUAAUUUGGAGAAAAUUUUCUGCAGCAAGUUGUUUUUUUCACGAAAAUUUUCUUAAUUGUAACUAUUCAGCUAAGAAAAGUUAUUUACAUUAUCAGAAAGGUCUCAAGGGUAUGUAUCUGGUGUGGUUUUUCAUUGUUUGAAUAAGAGGCUCUCUUGCCUUCCGCUAGUGCCAUAUCAUAAACUGCUUUUGACAAUAUUUUAUGUAGCAAUAGUUUUUCCUUGACUAAAGGGCCUGCUGCUUGAGAAAUGUCGUUUUAAAAUCUCCUUGAGCAUGUUCCCCACCCCCUUUGGAACAGUCACAAUAAUAAGAUACUUGUCUAGAAGGUAAAUGACAACAUUGUUCCUUCAAUAGUCACGAGAGGCCAGAUUGCCAAAUGAAUCCAACACGCUGAAAGAAUUAGGAGGAGUGGGUAGGUACCAUUUGUAGAAACAUGUUCCAAAUUGCAAUCCUUGCAUGUUGAAUGUUUCUAGAUGAAAUUCCUAUUAAUUCUGCUUGACUGAUCUAAUUUUUUUGAACAUUAAUUGGUUUAAUUAUUUGUAAGCCUGACUU